AUGAGUUUGUUCAAUUCCUGUGAGGAUUGUGUGAUUCAUGCACCUUAUAACAACAACGAUUGCAAGACCGAGAAUCACUUUGAGACCGCUGUAAGUAUGUCUUUGUCAUCGUCUUGAUAAGAGCUCGACCAAGAAGCCCCAAAAUUUUUUGGGACUUUGGAGGACGUUGCAAAACUACGAUAUAUUUUUUUGCCCAUUUACAGUUUGGUCGACGAGGCUGCAUAAAAAUCUGGUGCACUAUUAAAAAGAUAUAUAAAAAAACACUGCGCCAAAUUUCCGUGCAGUAUUCCACCAAAUCUUCCCUAGUGUGUAGGUCGUCAACUUGACGUCAGUCGCGUUGUCAAAUUGCCGUCAGUUUCGUCAUGUCAAAUUUUGUUCUGUCAUUUUGAUUGUCAAAUUGAUUUUUUUGGGAAAAGUUCUGUAGAUUUUUUAUCUAAAAAGUCGUAAGAAUCUAAACUUUUUAGGAACUUUUGUUCUCGUCAAAACAACGAAUGAAAUAAGCAUUAAAACUUUAAUAUUAACGGUAUUCAUCAGGAUGGAUUCGCCAGCCGCACCAGGUCAGCGCUGACUGCCAUCCUCAUUCGGAUAGAAGAUAUCUACAUAAGAGUCAGCUACUAGUAUGAGGGUUUAUUUCUCCGCCCUGAGGCGAGGUACGUUAGUAUGCACGCGAUUAUUUUAAACUACUGGAUCCUUUAGGUCUUACCUUAUUGGCCUUCCUCGUGGACAUCCUUUGAUGUUAUUGUAAGAUAAUUAACAUACCCGCUCGUAAUGAUUAACACGCCCGGUCAUAUUGAUUAACACACUAAGCUUAGUAGCAGAUUUCUGAUAUCUUUGCAAAUAUCCUCAACGCCUCUGUAUCUUUGUGCAAUACUCGGCUUUUUGCACAGUGCAAUAGGUUUUUUGGGAUGUCGCUCGCAUCUUUACUUUUCCUGCUCAAUGCAAACCCCAAAAAACACUCCAGCGACUUUGCGAACAGACUAGUGGACACAAAAAUAAUGUUUCUGGAAGAAAACUUCUGAUUUUCUCAUUUCGAGCCGCUUCCAACGCUUCUUGGCUUGCGGCGACAUUUUGUACGAUGAAACCCUUUUUUCAACAUUUCGCAUUUUAAUAGUACCUGUAGGUAUACUUCAUUUUAGGUCAAAAAUUAACCAAAAUGCAAUUUUAAAUAAUUGAUGACACCUUUUGUACCUUUUAGGAAAUUUUUUGUCAUAAGUUGAACCACUAUGUAUUGUUAUUCCGUAGGGUACCCUCUUUCAUUUCUACCAGAACGUGCCAAUUCGUCUGGAAAGGGUUAAAAACGUAGUGGGAAGAAUUUCGUAGACUACACUGUAGAUUUUACAAAAUCGUUUAGAAUUCUUCUACGCGGAAGGUAAAACGACGAACGGGUCUGGUGUUCAUCAUAGUUUUGCUGUUAGUUUUGUUGGGAACAGCAGCAGUAUUCAUAUUCUCCGGGAGAUGUGAGUUUUUUAAAGGAAUGAAAUGGACUAUUUAUAGUCAACACUUUAUCGUUUGGUUCAACGAAACAUAACAGAUCGAUUUCACAUUUGCCAUUACAUCUGACGGCUUUGAACGAAGGUCCAAAACCUAAAAGACAUAAAGUUCAUUAUGAAGAUUAUUCGAUCACUUUCAAACAAAUUGAGUCGCCAAAAGUGUUCUGGGAAUCAGAUGCCUCGUUUAUAUACACGGAUUCCUCUGGAGAUCUCAUUGUAAGAAAAGAUGGUGGUGAUUCUUAUAAAAUCUUAGAAGUUCACGAUUCUCCCAAAUGGAAGCUUGGCCAAACCUGAGAUGUUUUUAUUGAAAAAGCAAUUGGAAGACGAACUUCCGUUGUUUAAUUCUGACGCCUCAUAUGUUGCUUUGAAGAAACAAAUAGCGAAAACACCUUUUGAACAGUUUACUGUUCGGGUGGCUUCAGUUCAAGAUAAUAAUGUGGGGUAUGUAAUUGAAGAAAAUGGGAAACAAGAAGCAUGUUGUGUUUUAGCGUCUUCCACAGUGUCGGAAUAAGUCAUGGAUCAGAUCCCCUACAAUAUUUUGAAUGGUCUCCUGUCCGAGAAAGUUCUGAUUUCAUUUUUAUUCAUUCAAAUAAUAUGUUUUAUCAACCUGGGAUUGGUCAGAAAGAUGGGCUGAUACAAUUGAGCGACAGCAGAUCUGCAUUUCUCUCCUUUGGGGUUGCAGAUUACAUGUCGUCAGGUAAGUUUCUUUGUUGCUUCCUUAGUUUAAAUAGAGUCGAUUUACGGAGAAUCGAAACCUAUUUGGUGGUCUUCAUCUGGAAGAUUCAUCGCCUAUGCCUCGUUUGAUGUCAGAAAUGUAUCAGUGACAUGGGUUCCUUAUUAUAGAGAUGAUGUUUCCCAACCGCAGUAAGCCCUAUCCAAGUAAUAGUAGACUUUUAAAGUAUGCACCCAUUGCGUUGUGCACGUCCUGGUGACUCUGAAUUGCCUCAAGUUCUGUUGUGGAUUUGGGAUAAGGUUGAACAAACGAAACAAUUUGCGAUGCCUUCUGAAAGAUUCUUCAAUGAUGGACCCACGUCGUAUGUUUCAUGAUAUAAGGGUUGGGAAUUUUAUUUAUUUUCUAGUACUAUAAAAGUUCAGUUUUCUGUCUGGCAAAAGCGGGGAGCGACAAUUGGGGAAACUGAAAAAAACAUUAUUUGUCUUACGUGCGAGUUUCGAACUCAGGAUAAUCGUUGGCCUUUGAUUUCAAAAAUCGUAUUCAUUGUUUUUUGUUUGUAACUUUUCUACUCUAAAGUAGUAAUUUUUCAAAUUUUUGUCACAAAUACUCGAUUUGGGGGUUGAUUUGAAUUGAAAUCAGCACCACCGGAAACCCCUAAAUCGAUUAUUUGCGAAAAAAGCAAAAAAAAAUACUGAUUUACAGUACUACUUAAGAAAAAAGUAAUGGUCAGAAAAAAUUAAUACAAUUUUUGAAAUCAACGCCACGGAUUAUCCUAAUUUCGACACUUACAUGCAAGAAAAAUAAUAUUUUUCAUUUUCGUUGUUUUUUCCCCAAUUGUCUACGUUCCGUCCACCGUAACCUAUCUUCCGGGGUAACCUAUCCGUGGGGUUCCAUUAUAUCAUGUGCAUUUUUAAAGAUUGAAGUACCUUGUAUGGGCACAAUGGGCAACAAUAGAGCCCUUCGGAGAGUUCCUCUUGACCGUCUGGACCAAUCGUGUCCAGAAUUUUAUCGCUGCGAUGAUUUGCAUGAUGAAUGAGCCAUGUUUUAGAGUAAGAGUUGGUACUUUUUUGAAAAUUUCCAGUUUUUUAAAUUCAAAUACACUGUAAGUGGGAAGAAUUUGUGGUUAGAGCCAACGAAACGUCUCCAAAUAAAGUACACCACCAAGACCGGCUUCUUUCUGAUACUUCCGAGACAGCAUUCUAAUGGCGAAAUAUACGAUGGAAUAGCUCAUAUCGACAUUGUAAGUGGUUAUGAAAGUUCUUCUAAAGCAUUCUCAGAGCCAAGUGCAAGUCGGACGACCUCGUUAUAAUGUCAGAUUUCAUAAUGGGGCCUUUGAUGUUCACGAAAUUGUGGGAUAUGAUGCAGAGCAGGAUGACUUGUGAGGGUUUAUGUCAAGUUCACAAAAAGUUUUAGAUUCUUUACCGCACAGGGCGGUAUUAUAGGGGAGAUGCAUUUAUUCCGAGUUCCCACUGCCUCAGGGGCCAAUGGAAUUGUCCCUCAAUGUAUAACAUGUCCGAUUGAGGAGUGCAAAUUUACUACAGUAAUAUUUUCGCCCAGUUCGAGGAGGAUGUUAUUGAAUUGUGAACGGGCCUUCAUGCCGAGUGUAAUGAUUGUAAAGUCUACAGACCAGGUUGUUAGCAGUGAGUUUAAUUUGGUAUGAAUUAAAUUAAUUUUACUGUCUAGAUGUUAAGGUAAAAUACAUUCAAUCAGAGAUUAACCUGUCAAAUGAACAAUCAACAAUCAAAUAUGAGGUAGUUAAAUUGCCGAAUGGAAUGCGUAAGGAGAGUUAUGCGUAUAAGACUUUUUGAUGUUGUAGUAGCCAAUGUCCAGCUCAUAAUGCCACCGAAUUUUGACUCAGAAUUGGUUUAUCCGGUGAUAUUGGAUAUCGACGGAGAUCCGGGAUCUAAUAAUGUAUGGAAAAAAACUCCCCAUUCGUAUCUACUGUUCUUAUCUAUGAAUUAUCAUGCAAUUGUCAUUAAAAUUGACGCCCGAGGAUCGAGUUUAAGAGGAUGGCGGUUGAAGAGUUCGGUCUUGCAUAAUCUUGGAGGUCCAGAUGUAGACGAUAAAUUGGAAUGUCUGGGGUAUUUAAAGUAAUUAUUGAGUCAACUUUAUUUAGACGCUUAAUGAAACGAUUUCCUUAUUUGGACUCAACCAGGGUUACUGUGAUGGGAAGAGGCUACGGUGGCUUCAUUGCUCUUCAAAUGGCGGCCAAAGACGGCGGAGCCAUGAUUAAAUGUUUGGCACUUAGAUCACCAAUUACCAGCUUUAUGUAUCAGGGUAAGAGGGUAACCUUUGAUGAUAUUCUUCAGGUGCUGCCUUUUCCGAGAGAUAUUUGCAUAUGCCCAGCGAUAAUGAAGAAGGAUACGAAACGAGUUCAAUGAUUAAUAAGAAUCGAAUCGAUUCAAUAAAGGAUAUAAAGAUAUUCUUGGCUCAUGGUGGCAGUGACCGACAUGUGCAAUAUCAGAAUUCUGCGUUACUGGCAAAGCAUUUGCAGAAAAUCAAUGUUCAUUUUGUACAAGUGGUAGGAAAACAAGUUUUUUUCAUAAUUUAUGUAAUUUAGAUUUAUCCGAACGAAGACUAUGAUCUGGACGGAGUUCUCUCGCAUUUUUACAAUGAACAAGAAAACUUCCUGGCCUCGGAAUGUUUUUCGUAA